GUAAUAAUGGAUAUUUCAUUACUUUCAUAUUUGAAACAUUCCACAAUUAAAUGAUAUUAAUCACGAAGUAUACUGGGUUUAAAAGAAGAAAGUGAUGAAGAAAGUUAAAAAGCAGUGCUUUUGCUCAGAAUGUAGUAAUGAUUUGAAGGAUUGCGCAGAUUUAAACUCUUUAGUGCAACCCGGAGUAUAUCAUCCAAAAAGUAGCAAGAUGAUGCGAUCAAAAAACAUAAGGCGCAAAUACCUACGGGCUGUGUUUAAGAGCGGAGAGUUCAAUAUUUAUAGAACGAUAACAAAAAACUUGAAAGUCUUCUCAAAUUACUUCUUCCUGCUUGUGGAAACCAGAUGGCGAUGGACACUGUUGAACUUUUUUAUAGCAUUUACGUGUAUCUGGUUAUUUUUCGCCGCAAUUUAUUGGAUUAUAUCUUACAACCACGGUGACUUUAGUGACAAUCAUCUACCUCCGAAUCAAAAUACUUCAAGCUUUAUUCCUUGUAUCAAUAAUGUUUAUGGUUUUACAUCUACAUUUUUAUUCAGCAUCGAAGUUCAUACAACUGUGGCUUAUGGUCGGAGAUCUAUCACGUUAGAAUGCCCUGAAACGAUCAUUGCAAUGUGUCUUCAAUGCAUACUGAGCUCUAUUUUCCAAGCCAUAAUGGUCGGAAUUCUUUUCGCAAAAUUGACGCGACCAAGAGGGAGGGCACAAACUAUACUUUUCAGCAAGCACGCUGUUAUAAAUACGAGAAAUGAUAAAUUCUGUCUUAUAUUCCGUGUUGGUGAUAUGAGGAAAUCUAGAAUAUUAAAUAUUAAACCUAAAGCAUAUAUAAUAAGAUUAAAUGCUGAUGAUAAUGAAGUCGAGAAUUUAGAACAAACUGAGUUAAACGUGGAGACAGAUGAAUGUGAAUCAACUUUUUUUCUAUGGCCCGUGACGGCAGUACAUAUUAUAGAUGAAAAGAGUCCUUUGUACAAAUUAUCAGCAGCCGAUUUGCUUUGUUGUAAAUUGGAAAUAGUUGUUGUAUUUGAAGGAAUAAUAGAAUCGACCGGCCAACCUGUGCAGGCUCGAUCGAGCUUUACUGAAUAUGAUAUACUCUGGGGUCAUAGAUUUGUGUCAAUGGUAAGUUUCAAUUUCGAUAAAAACACGUAUGACGUUGACUUUUCCAAGUUGUCUGAAGUACAACAAGUUGACUCUCCGCUGUGUUCUCCGUGUGAAUAUGAUGGACUAGUGAGUAUGUUUGGGGAUGCAGCAACAUUAUCUGAUUCUGAUACGGUUGAUAGCUGAUUACUUUACAGUAAAAUUAUAUUUUAUUUUGAUUCGGAUAGUGAAGUCUAGUUUAAAGCAAUGAAUGAUUGUAUGUUAAGAGUGUACUAUAUACUUAAUUUAAAUAACAAG